AUGGAGCAGCAGCAGCAACUGAGAAAUUUGCGAGACUUCCUGUUGGUCUACAAUCGGAUGACCGAACUCUGCUUCCAGCGCUGCGUGCCCAGCUUGCACCACCGAGCCCUGGACGCCGAGGAGGAGGCCUGUUUGCACAACUGUGCAGGGAAGCUGAUCCAUUCCAACCACCGUCUUAUGGCUGCUUAUGUGCAGCUCAUGCCUGCCUUGGUGCAGCGCCGCAUCGCGGAUUAUGAGGCUGCCUCGGCUGGGCCGGGGGUCUCUGCUGAACAGCCGGGAGCCGCCUCAUCCGGCACCUAG